AAAUGUCUGGAAACUUACAAAUGAUCUCGUUAACCAUAAUCUAUCUGGUUCUUUGCCAAUCUUUCGCCUUAGGGCAAUUUUUUACGAAAACAACUAACUCUAUUCCAAGAAUGGGAAGGAGAUCAGAAAUAUCAAAUAUGCAGCAAAAUCGGCUUAACAGAUCUCUUCGAUACUUGAUGUCCAUGGUCGAAGGUUAUGACUCUGAUCGAAACGGACACUUGUCCGCUGAAGAACUACUCAACAUACCUUUCGUUCAGAUGGCGGUAGAAAAUCUACUUUCUGCUAAAAACGAGAAGAAAAAGGGUAACUUUUUUGCUUUAAGUAACAAUUUUACUUAA